CGGAUGGGACCGGGCCGGCCCUCUGGGUGCCUCGCAGGCGCGGCUGUAGCCACGGCAAGCACCAGACCAUGGCGAAGCUGGCGGUGUUGAUCAUUCUGGGGGCCAGUCUGGCCCUUUUGGGGCAGAUGUUUGUGGCGAUUAGAGAAAGAUUUAAUGCAUCUCGAGAAGUGGAGCCGGUGGAACCCCGGAACUGCCACCUUAUUGAGAACCUCGAAAAUGGCUCCGAAGAUAUUGAUAUUCUCCCUACUGGGCUGGCUUUUAUCUCGAGUGGAUUAAAAUAUCCAGGCCUGCCAGACUUUGCACCAGAUGAGCCAGGAAAAAUCUUCUUGAUGGAUCUGAAUGAGCAAACCCCAAGGGCACAAGCACUAAAAAUCAGUGAUGGAUUUGACAAAUCACUAUUUAAUCCACAUGGAAUCAGUACUUUCAUCGACAAAGAUGGCACCGUGUAUCUCUAUGUUGUGAAUCAUCCUCACAUGAAGUCCACUGUGGAGAUAUUUAAAUUUGAAGAACACCAACGCUCUCUCCUACACCUGAAAACUGUAAGACAUAAACUUCUCAAGAGUGUGAAUGACAUUGUGGCUGUUGGACCAGAACAAUUUUAUGCCACCAGAGACCACUAUUUUACCUGCUUUUUCUUGACACUCCUUGAGACGAUCUUAGGUCUUCGCUGGACUUACGUUGCAUUCUACAGUCCAACAGAGGUCAAAGUGGUAGCCAAAGGAUUUAAUUCUGCCAAUGGAAUUACAGCCUCACUAGACCAGAAGUAUAUCUAUGUGGCUGAUGUAACAGCUAAGAACAUUCACAUAAUGGAAAAACAUGCUAACUGGAAUUUAACCCCACUGAAGGUAAUACAAUUGGACACCCUUGUGGAUAACUUGAGUGUUGAUCCUAGCACAGGAGAUAUUUUGGGAGGAUGCCAUCCUAAUGCCAUGAAGCUGCUGAACUAUGACCCUAAUGACCCCCCAGGAUCAGAAGUACUACGCAUCCAGAAUGUUUUAUCUGAAAAACCAAGGGUGAACACUGUCUACGCCAAUAAUGGUUCUGUUCUUCAAGGCUCCUCGGUGGCUGCUGUGUACCAUGGGAAAAUACUGAUAGGCACUGUGUUUCACAAAGCUCUGUAUUGUGUGCUCUAGGCUUGAGAGACUCCAAAACUUCCACAUGUCUGGUAAAAGUGAAUUUGUCAUUGUAUGGUAAGUUUAAAAAGAGCAGAGAGAAAUUACAUAAUAGUUACCACAUGGCAAGUUAGGUGAGUGACAGUCCACCAAGAAGCCGGAAUGCUCCUCACGGUCAGACGUGGCCAAUAUUGUCCGACCAUGAGAAGUGUGAGCUGUGGCCAUAGCAGCUAGGGCUCAUGGAAAGACCCUUGACAGCAGUGUGACAAAAUCACCUUCUACAACCACAAUGUUGAGUCUCUAGCAGUCCAGUCCAGGAGAAAAGCCAUGUUCAAGGAAUUAUGAUUUCUCUUCUCUUCUCACAAUUUUGAUGGAAAUCAACUGCUAAUCAAGUGCCCCUGCCUGCAGCUCAAAGCAAGAAUUGGUAUCACGAGACUGUCCAGAGCCAUAUGUUCCCCCCAAGUCCAAACACAGGGGAAUCGGGAUCAGUGAAAUUUGCCGGACACAUAGGACUAGUGUGGUCAUUUGUAACAGGUCUUUCUUUGUAUUGAUAUUAUGUGUCAGGCAUUGUUAAUCCUGCUUAGUUCUGACGGUGAAAUGCAGCCUCGGGGCAGUUAUCUUGCAUCACUUUCAGCUUCCUCUACUGGUUAAUUCAAUAAGCAUCUCUUAAGCAACUUCCUAUGCACUUGGCACUAAUAAAUCUGAAAUGAAUAAAGUGGUCCUGGCCUACAUAGGUUCAUCAGCAGAUGAAUGGAUAAACAAAAGGUGAUGUUUAGGCACAGUUCUUUUUUAAUGUCUGUCUGCCAUAAAGAAGAAUAAACUCAAAUCAUUUGUAGGAAAA